UUCUAUUGAACACAUACACACACUCACAGACCCUGACAAAGAAGCCUGCAGUGCUCUGGUCCAAACCUUCCUCUCCUCCAUUGAUGAAGCCUCUCUGUCGCAGUUCAUCUCCCUCUUCCUGCUUCAGUCAAACUCCACCUCCUUGCGCUGGCAGGCACACAAGUUACUGCACACCCUCUAUCAGUACAGCCAGACUCCACAGCAGGUGUCACUGGUGGAGACCCUCUUAUGGCCGCAAGUCAGCUCAGUUUGUGGACCUCCUUGGAUACCUGUCCAUCUCCACACCGCAAGUGCUGGAGAAGGAGUCGCUGUGCCAAGGCUAUGUAGAGAGAGCCAUUGACCUGCUCAAGGGCCUCAACAGUCAAGUCUCAACCCACGCAAACUUCCACAUCUACUCACAGCUGCAGAAUUUGGUGGACUUUGACGGGUUCUAUAUGGAGAAUGAGCCGUGUCUAGUGUGCAAUGACCCGGAGAUACCUUACUUGUGA